AUGUCAAAAUCAGGGAAGAAUGUUAAAAAGAGCACCGAAGGUGAAGCCUCAGCCGUAUGUAACAACACCUGCGUUGCUAGCAUCGCUAGCUUACUGGAAGACCAUAGAGCUAGCAUCUCCGCCGAUUUCAAAACCACUUUUGCGGCUUUAGAGGCGAAAUUGGACUGUACACAGGCUGUGGUGACGGAGCACGGUCAACGGAUUGACUCUUUGGAGUCCGGAGCUGAACUGCAGGACCAAAGAAUUCAUGCUCUGGAGGACAGGUGUGUGGCAUUAGCUGAGAGUAACGCUAGACUAAUGGCGAAGACAUCGGAUCUCGAAAGCCGCAGCCGCAGAAACAACAUCAGAAUAAUCGGGCUCCCUGAAUCUAUCGAAGGUCCGCGGCCUACAACCUUUUUUGCAGAACUCCUUGUCGAAUUGCUCGGCCAACAGACCAUUUCAUCACCGCCUGAACUGGACCGACCGCACCGUGCGCUUACUGCUAAGCCACAACCAGGGUCGCGGCCACGGUCGGUAAUUAUUCGACUCCAUCGGUACCAGAUAAAGGAGAUGAUUGUACGGGAGCCCCGCAAGAGACGAGGUGAUCUCCUCGAGGGUCGCCGUAUGCCUCGUCCAUCCUGCGCCACGUGCGGAGGCCGUCUGCACGAGGCAGACCAGCACACGAGCUGCAUUUCCUGCCUGGGGAUCGACCACGCAGAGAAUGCUCUCUCUGCCGGCGGAUGUGAGGCCUGUGACUGCAUGCCUAUAUCCGCGCUGCGCAAUCGGCUAGCUCUCUCCCGGGACGGCGACGCCGCUUCAUCCACGCUUUCCGUUCCAAGGAAGAAGAAGCGUCGCAGCCAACGGCAACCGGAGGUUUCCGCGACGCUCUCCUCCGUGGAUGGCGCAGCGGAAAAGGGUUAUGAGUCUUUGCCGCCCCUCGAAGAGGCCGUGGCAGCUCAUCUUUGCCCGAGCUCUGCAAAGCCGCUCAUCCCAACAAACCCUGCCGUCUACCAGGCCAAACUCCUCCGGUCCAUGGACGAGGCUGGCCUGGACCCGGAGACGUUUCGGGACCUGAGGAGUGCUACGGACUUAGCGCUGCGGGCUACUAAGUCUACAGCACAAGCCAUCGGCAGAAACAUGGCUAGUUUGGUCGUGCUCGAGCGCCACCUGUGGCUUAACCUCACCGAGAUCAAGGAGGCCGACAAAACGAGGUUUCUCGACGCUCCGGUGUCCAGCUCCGGUCUCUUCGGCCCGGCGGUGAAGGGAUUCUCGGAGAGACCCCCGAAAUUCCAGGCGGUUAUCGAGACAUCGGAGCUACUGGACGCGGGCCGCACCCCGUCCACGCUCAAAGUGUAUGUGGCAGCCAUCGCAGCGCACCACGCUCUGGUGGCUGGCCAAUCACUGGGAAGGAAUGACCUGGUGGUAAAGUUUCUGAAGGUUUAUAUCAAACCUCCUGCUGACCCCGAUCUCUCUGACCUGAUGAUGGAUCAACUGUGUCUCUCACCAGAAAAGUUGAAAAUCCUGACUGGAUCAGAAAAUCUACAAGAAGUGAAGUCACUAGAGAUGUGUGUUGACACCAGACAGGACACUUUAGACAACUUUGGAAUAUACUUGCCUAAACUUACACGGCUGAAAAUGAACAACAGUUUGAUCUCAUCUGUGCGGGAUCUGGGAACCAGGCUGUCCCACCUGCAGGUGUUAUGGCUGUCCCGAUGCGGUCUGACCGACCUGGAGGGAGUUCCUGCUCUCGCCAGCUUAAAGGAGCUGUAUGUGGCGUAUAACAGUAUCUCAGACCUGACUCCAGUCAGUAUGCUGGAACACCUGGAGCUGUUGGACCUGGAGGGGAAUGAUGUCGAUGAUCUGGCUCAGUUGAUGUAUUUAGGCUGUUGUGGGAAGCUCAGAACGCUUUCACUGGAAGGAAACCCUGUGUGCACCUGUCCCAGUCCAGGCAUGCCAGAGGUAUUAGACUACAGCUACAGGUCUGCGGUCCGUGAGAUGAUCCCUCAGCUGAGCUUCCUCGAUGACGUUCCUGCUGAAGAGGACAAACCUCAAUGCUGUAGAACUUCACAGCAGGAUUGGACUCUUCUCAAAGAAUCGAUGAAAGACAGUUCAGUUAAUGACGGCCUGGAGAAUACAAAUACAGAUAGAGAAGAGAGAUGUGUCAGUGUGUGCGGCGUUAGACCUGCUUCAGCCCAGCCCCUCGAUCUGAGAAUCUCCUCCAGGCCAGGCAGUGCCAGACCUCUUACUUCCUGCAGCGGGUCGAGACCAGGGUCGCCUGGCUUUGACAUCGCCAUCUUGAACCACGAGGCCAGUGAUCUAACUAAAGGUUCUGGCAGCGUUCUCUGUGGGAAUCCACUACAGGUUGUUCGAGUACGAAGACAGAAAACAAAGCUCAGCUCACCACGGCUCAGCAGUUACGUUCCUGAACACACAUAUGGCUAUGAAGAGUCGAGCAGUGAGGACCGUAGUGAUGUUUUUGCUGAGCUCAGAAGCUGGAGGAUUGAGCACAACAAACAUCUGUUGGCUAUUGAGGACCGGCAGCCGCAGGUAAUGAGAAUCCACCACAGUGAUGAUGACUAUGAUGAUGAAGGUGGCCACAGUCAUAGUUUCAGCAGUGAUGACAUCACUAAAGACAGAACUGUCUGCAGAGACACAAGCUCUCCUGAUUCGUCCUUUCAAUCUCCCUCACCAGAAUGUCCUGAGAUGUUGAGACUAACCUCUUCAUCAGGCUGUUCCAUGUCUCCCUCACCGCCACUCUCUGCAGCAGCUCCCCCUGCUGGCCGGAGGAUAACACAGAUCCGCACCAGGAGACUCAGACCUCAUUAUGCUGACAGUAAAGCCAGACCCUCAGAGGAGACUCCUGGGCCUGAGCUCAGAAACCUGUGUCCCCAGAGUAUUAUGACUGUAUCAUCUCCUCAAAUACUCCACAAACCUCAUAGGCCCUCUGCUAGUCCUGCGGUCUCCCCUCUCAGAGCGCAACGGUCAGAGGAUACUAGGAAUCAUCAAUACUCGGACAUCCAGCACAAACCAGUAACACUCUCUAACACAUUUACAAAACUGACACCCAGACGUCCACAAACAGCCAACGCUGCCCUGCAGAGGUUUCCAGAACCAAACCUCCUGCCUGCUCGAAGAAACACACACUUGGAAUGAUGGAUUGUGGGUCAGAUUAGGUCAUCUUUUCACUGCAGGUUUACAGGGUUUCAGAACCACUGUAAAAUUGUCACAUACAUUGCUGAAUCAUUAGGGGGCGCCAUUUCCAUUAUGAUAAAUGCUUGUUUUUCUCUGCUUUAUUUUAGAUGUAUUCCAUGUUAGAUUGACAGGAGGAAGUCUUGGUCCAUAUUCGUCCACUGAUAUUAUGUGAACACUAAUAUUGAGAAAUAAUACUGU